AUGUGCUCACCGAGCACAUCUGAUGUUCGUUUCAUCACAUUCGUGAACACCACAUACAUUCAAGCGGAGAACCUGGAGACUGUUUUUGACAUUUUGCUGAAAAUUGAAGUUGGAGUUUUGGUUUUUAGCUGGAUCGAAUUCCUGUACCUCUUCUAUCUCUUCGUUAUCAUUAGAGCUAUGCAUUUCAAUUUAACAUUUUUGUUCAUGAACUACGGAGGCCAAUAUUUUUUCUCAAUGCUUUCAAGAUGUCUAAUAGUUUGGCAGCAGCUUGGAAUGGAUCCUGAUGACAAUCUCCAUCAAGUCAUCAUAAUUGCCAAUUAUCUCCGAACGAUUGGCUUAUUCAUUGCAAUGUACAUCCUCCCUAUUUUUAUGAUUGAACGAUGUUUGGCGACAUUUCUAGUGAAAAACUAUGAAAAAUCAAGAAACAUCUGGGCAUCUCUUCUAAUUCUCUCCAUCUUUCAUCCCUUGGUUUUCACAUCAGCUAUUGCUUAUAUCCAUUGCUGGUUGCCAGUAGUCUUCCACGUCAUCUCAUUUUUCAUUGUCAAUGUCAUCGGCUACAUUGGAAUUCACUAUUGCUCAUCGUACAAUACCAAGAAGCAUCAGAAGUUUUAUAGCUCAAAGUUCUCAAAAAAGUUCAAAUCUCGAUAUUCUUUUUCAACAUCGGAUGCUGUUCUAUCCUUCUCAUGGAUCAUUUCAAAAUCGAUAUGA